AUGAGAGAAGGAUAUUCGAGAAGUAUGGAAAGCUGCCAAAGCAAUCACAACUGCUCGCUAAGAAGGAUAAGAAGUUCUUCGAUAGUGCAGAUUGGGCCAAGGGACAGCAUGAAGCCAAGGAAGUCAGAGUUCAUCCAGAGAAGCCCAUCAAAGAAUAAAGAUGUCCAUACCAUACCAUCCCCAUUCCUUAAUAUCCGACGGCAGCCUGCCGGCCAAGCCAUCAACGGUGCAGUCCUCUGCUAUCCAGUUGCUCAGUCGCACAACCCUUGUACACUAAUAUCAAACCAAACACAAUGUAGCAACAGCAUAAGCAGCGAUCAGUUGCACAACUCUGGCAGCUGCAACAGACAGCAGCUACAA